AUGGCUCUCAAAUGUUGCGAGGAGCACUUCUCUUGCUCCGGUACGAAGCUCUGCCUCGCCCUCGUCACCCGUGUCAUGUUCAUCGUCCACAACCUGACGUCCGUCGCCCGGGCCGUCACCGUGACCGACGACCGCCGACUGUGGUUCCUAGCCCUCACCAUCAUCGGUCUCCUUCUCGAGACCGUCUUUACCAUCGUGAAGAACAAGGGGGAAGAGUGGAAAUGGUUUUGCCCGAGCGUCUUGUUUUUCUUGGCGGGGUCCGUGCCUUCAAUCUGGAUCUUAGAGUUUGACUUGCUGAACCGAAGAGGGGUGCCUGCCGUUAGUCAGGAUGUGCAAUAUACUGACGACCUUGUAAUGGCAAGGACAUGGGUGUUAGCCCUGGAGCAACUACUAUUAUUUGUGUUGAUCGUUGGACGUUGGCUUCUACCAAAGGGGGAGAUCACAAGAGAUCAGCUCUCUCAGCUCCUACUGGUCUACAUCGCCACUGCUGCGGAUAUCAUCGAAUUCUUUGACAGCUUUAAUUCCGAUGAAUCUCCGUAUAACCGUGAGCUGAUCACAGCCGUGCUGACCCUCUGGUCAUGGAGCCUCGUCCAGUUCACCCUGGUUCUAACAUCCACCAGGGGAUCACCAGAGUACAGCCUCUCGGUAAGACCUACACAGCCGAGGGUUCUUGAAGAAACGGACGUCAACAAGUGGCACCGCCUGGCGAAGAUGCGUCGGGUUGUGAUGCAUACGCGGAUACCCUGGCCUUGGGGGCGCUUUGGACAGGUGAUGCCUUUGCCGAAUCCGCCAGGGAAGAACCGCGUGCUUCCGGUGCGUCCGGAAGACGAAGACAAGGUGUAUCCAUACAACCGAUGUGCGUGUCUUGAAUCGGAGAUCUGGGCUGUCAUGGUUGCGCUUUGUCUUCAGGAUGGACCCUUCCUGAUCCUUCGUCUCAUUCUUAUCUCCCAUUAUAAAAUCUUCACGCAUCUUAGUCUAUUCUUCACCAGCAAGAACGCGUUGGUCUUGAUGCUGCAGUUAUAUCGGUUGAUCGUUGUGCACCAGGAGAAGGUAGCCGCAGAUAAUCAGCGCAAAUUGGAACACCUGAAAGCUCAGGAGGAGGAUGAACGACAGUCGAAUGUAGACCUCGGGGAAACCCAAAUGAAUGAUCCAUAUGAUAUUGAGCAAUACCGGGCAGCUGUUCAGGUCCUCUACCGCCCGUAA